UCUUCAGUUAUAGUGCAUUGAUUGUGACCUGUGCGAAACCGUUCUUUCCGGAUGAUAUCGCCUUUGAAGUUCGCGAGUGAGUAUUCGUUCAGCGUGAGCGCGUAAAUGAAAUCACAGCGAUAAAGUUUUAACCGUCUGCUGUCACUGCUUUUUACCUGAGUUCGGUCGCGGAAGUUAGAUGCAAAAGACGCAUUCGCGGUUGUUGGAUGAUAAAUCUUGAAGAGCUAUUAAUUGAAUUGGCGAUUGUAAAUUUUGGAAUGAAUUAAAGAGCAACGAAUAGAAGAUUGUGUUGCUUAAGUCAUCGGAUAUUAUGCAAUAUAUGUUUCUUGAAGAAGUAAACCGUUCGGUGACCUGUGUUUUUGUUAUUGUGAGUGAUUUGUUGAAAAAGUUUUUCUGCUUUUGUUAAUAAGAGAAGAAAAUCACAAAACAAAACAUCCGACGGAGAAUAAAUUGAAUGGUUUUGUGAAGUGAGGUUCAAGAAAAUUCGGCAAAAUUCCGCCACUAGCAAUAAUGUCGUCUGCAACCCAUGAGGAUGAGGACCUGGACCAUGAACAGGAGAUCAACGUGGAUGCAGACUCGGAUUCACAUUCUCGAAUGUCUUACAACAGCAAUGGGUCAGAGGAUAUAGAUCUUGACGGAGAUGGCAAUGGGAGUUCUUGUUAUGAUGAAUCGGAUAUUACGAGUGAUCACCAAACUCCUUUGGAACCUACAACGCGGUCACCAAACGAGAACCUACCCUUCAGUAUAUCGAGGUUACUGUCAAAGCCAUAUGAUGGCCAUAAAGACAAAGACAUUUCUGAGGAUAGCGACAGUCAGAAAAACGAGAAUCACAUCUCUGCCGGAGGGCUUCAGUACACCGCCGGCGCACUCUACAGCUACCCAAUCUACCCACCCGGCCAUGUGCUCCGAGUCCCUCCCCAGCGGGGGCCUUGCAAUCCUCUGUCGUGGUCACUGCCUCCGUUACAUCCGGCUGCUUUGGCCCACCAAGCCGUCAAGGACAGACUGGCCGACAUCCAUCAUUUGAACCAUUCCAUUGUUCAUAUCGUAAACAAUUGUUCCAAAAUGACUAACGGAGAACUCGGAAGUCAUUUAUCGUCCAAUGGAGCAGCCUUCCCCAUAGCGCGGCGAAUCGGCCAUCCAUACCAAAAUCGAACGCCACCGAAGCGGAAAAAGCCUCGUACCUCUUUCACCCGCAUCCAGGUCGCUGAGCUAGAAAAACGAUUUCACAAACAAAAGUACCUAGCUUCCGCCGAGAGAGCAGCACUGGCGAGGGGACUGAAAAUGACCGAUGCUCAAGUCAAAACGUGGUUCCAGAAUCGGCGAACUAAAUGGAGGCGCCAGACAGCGGAAAGAACGUGAGGCGGAGCGACAAGCGGCGAACCGUCUGAUGCUUUCUUUGCAAGCAGAGGCCCUCAGCAAAGGAUUCGGUCAGCCACCUCCAUCGGCAGCUGCCCCCAAUUCAGCUCCAGGAGCUCCUUUAGCCGCGCUUCAUGGUUUGCAACCAUGGGCCGAAGCUCAUACAGCCGGGUGCUGAAACAAAAUCUCGACUUAUUAGGAAUACAUUCGAAGAACAAUCUUUUAGCGGAACGGUGGCGUUGCGAAAAUGUUAAUAAAAAUCAUUAUUUGUGAUAUAAUAUAGAACGAGACUUAUUGGCAUUUUUAGUUGAUCUAAGAAGAACCAACAGAGUGGCAGCCAAACAUAGUUAAUUUUUACGUUAUUUCAUAAACAGGAACGUUGAUUGAACAAAAUCAAAUGCAUUCAUUUUUUUAUAUGAAUUUUUUAGUUCAUUCAGAUUUGCAAAACUUUUAUCACUUUUUUAGCAAUAGCCCAAAUAUGAAGACAAAAUAAAUCAAAGGAAAAAUAGUUGCUUUUAUAUUCGCUCAGUUGUUUCUUCUUGAACAGAAACGAAAGUUAUGUGUUCGUUUCUUCAUCUUGUAAAUUUGUGUAAAUAUUUGAAACAAGCAAAUCAACAAACAAGAAUUUAUCUUAUUGUGUAAGAUAAUUAAGAUUGCAUAAAAUAGAUAAAAGUAAAUAAAAUGAUGUACUUAGAAUCAAUACUUUUAACUUGAAACCUUGGCACCUGUGUCGAAUGUACAGAUUUAUAAAAAUCAUCUUUCCAUACAACAGUAUUCACAAAGCCUAAUUUCAAAGUUUUAUGUUGUAGCAUUACGAUUUUAUAUGGGUUGACAACCAGACUAUCUUUUGCUAAUGGACAGAAUAGCUUCGUACGUAAUUAAACAACAUUGCAUACACAAUUCAGGCUGAUAAUGAAGAUAAUUCGUCACCUUCCAUGGAUGCGUAACGUGAGUUAAAGUGAAAAAAACUGAUAUAAAAUAACAACACAAGAUGUAGUUCAUGUACAUAUUUUCCCACCAGCGCAGACAAAUGGAUGUACAUUUGCGGAAGAAUACAAUAAAAAGCAGUAAUUAAUAAGCAUUUUCUUCCCAUACGAGUAAAUUCAGAUUAAGCCUGAAACUUUCAUUUCGAUACCACUUUCCUACACCGUGAAACUCUUAAAUUGGGAGGAUUAAGCCGCCUGAAAGAUAACUACAUGAAAAAACUGAAAUAAGUUUAAAAUAAUUAAUAAUAUCAUACCAAACAUG